AUGUCUGGCCGUGGAAAAGGUGGAAAGGGUCUUGGAAAGGGCGGAGCCAAGCGUCAUCGCAAGAUUCUUCGUGACAACAUUCAGGGCAUCACCAAGCCCGCCAUCCGCCGUCUCGCCCGCCGUGGCGGUGUGAAGCGUAUCUCGGGUCUCAUCUAUGAGGAGACGCGUGGGGUGCUUAAGAUCUUCCUCGAGAACGUCAUCCGCGACUCGGUUACCUACACCGAACACGCCAAGCGGAAAACCGUCACCGCGCUCGACGUCGUCUACGCCCUUAAGCGCUCCGGAAGGACGCUCUACGGUUUCGGCGCAUAA